AACCACCUGGAUUCAGCUCGCGGGGUACUCAAAAAUGACUUCGAAACUCGCCCAAAACUUGAAGCAGCCGGCUCUGGACUUCUUGUCCUUUGUCAAUGCCUCCCCAACCCCCUUCCACGCUGUCCAAUCGGCGAAGGAACUUCUCUCCAAAGCCGGCUUCCAGGAGAUCAAGGAGAAAGAUUCUUGGUCUUCUACUUGCCGCCCCGGUGGAAAAUAUUACUUGACCCGCAAUAGCUCAACUAUUGUGGCUUUUGCCAUUGGCAAUAAAUGGAAGCCAGGAAACUCGAUCUCCAUGAUCGGUGCCCACACUGACUCUCCUGUAUUGAGGAUUAAGCCUGUCAGCAACAAGCGCGGUGAGGGCUUUGUCCAGGUGGGCGUAGAGACUUACGGAGGCGGCAUUUGGCACACAUGGUUCGACCGUGACUUGGGUGUCGCAGGCCGGGCUAUGGUACGCACCGGCGACGGCUCCAUUGUGCAGAAGUUGGUCAAGAUUGACCGGCCGAUCCUCCGGAUCCCAACUUUGGCUAUCCACCUUGAUCGCCAGGAGACCUUUGCCUUCAAUAAGGAGACCCAAUUAUUCCCUAUCGCCGGUCUUGUUGCUGCUGAGCUCAAUCGCACUGGCGAAUCUACUGCUACAGGCGACAAGACUGCUAUGAAUGGCGAAGCGGAGAAAGCAGAGUUCGCCCCAUUGAAGCCAAUGACUGAGCGUCACCAUCCCUACCUGGUGGAACUCAUUGCGGCCGAAGCGGGAGUUAAGCCGGUCGACAUCUUGGACUUUGAAAUGAUUUUAUUCGACACUCAGAAGUCAUGCCUUGGUGGCCUGCUGGAGGAAUUCAUCUUCUCGCCCCGUCUGGAUAACCUGAACAGCUCUUUCUGUGCCACCAUCGGUCUGAUCGACUCCGUCGCUGAUGCGUCGGCACUAGACGAUGAACCAUCUAUUCGUCUCAUCGCAUUGUUCGACCACGAAGAGAUCGGCAGCCGUACUGCACAGGGAGCUGAUUCGAAUGUGCUCCCUGCGAUUAUCCGGCGCCUGUCCGUUCUGCCUUCCUCCACGUCUGGCAAUGAUGAUCUGACCACCGCCUAUGAAGAGACUUUGUCGACUUCAUUCCUCCUCUCUGCGGACAUGGCUCAUGCCGUUCAUCCUAAUUACUCUGCCAAGUAUGAGAAUGAUCACCGCCCGGAGAUCAACAAAGGCCCUGUGAUCAAGAUCAAUGCCAACGCUCGCUACGCAACAAACUCUCCUGGUAUUGCCCUACUUCAGGAAGUUGCACGCAAGGCGUCUGAAGACGGUGAAGAAGGUGUCCCUCUCCAGCUUUUCGUCGUUCGCAACGACUCCAGCUGUGGAAGCACUAUUGGCCCAAUGCUGUCCGCUGCUCUUGGUGCUCGCACACUGGACUUGGGUAACCCGCAGCUAAGCAUGCACAGUAUCCGGGAAACUGGUGGUACAUAUGAUGUUGGAUAUUCUAUUCGGCUGUUCACGAGCUUCUUCAAGCAUUAUGCCAACACAUCAAAGACCAUCUUUGUUGACUGAAGUGUCGGUCGCUCAUGUAGAUAGAUAUAUACCAACAAUCGUAUUAUCUAUAGACUAUACGGUCUACAGAAGUAACUUGAUCUUUCUGCUGACCUGAGGUCAUUUAUCAGGUCACAUAAUGUCACAGAUAUUGCUCAGAGUAUUCCACAUUUCAUAAUAGAAGAAGCCCCAAGUUCAAAGAAUGCCAUACAAACCAUAA